GUCUGAUCGGCUCCUGCUGAACUUUCGGGAGUGGCUCGAAAGUCGCUUUGACUCGCUGGAGGCUGCGUGGCAGAUCCUGGACGAAGCAGGCAGAGCAAUGCGACAUGACAUGUUGGUACUGAAAGGUACAACGAAAGAUACAACGAAAGGUACUGAAGCUGCUAAGGAAGGCCGGUAA